AUGAGUACAGCCGAUCAAGAACAACCCAAAGUGGUGGAAGCGACACCAGAAGAUGGGACAGCUUCCUCCCAAAAGUCAACUAUAAACGCUGAGAAUGAAAAUACAAAACAAAAUCAAAGUAUGGAACCCCAAGAAACUUCAAAAGGUACCUCCAAUGAUACUAAAGACCCAGAUAACGGAGAAAAGAACGAGGAAGCCGCAAUAGACGAAAAUAGUAACGUAGAAGCUGCAGAAAGGAAACGUAAGCACAUUAGCACAGAUUUCUCAGAUGACGACCUAGAAAAGGAGGAGCAUAAUGAUCAGAGUCUUCAACCAACGGUGGAAAAUAGGGCUAGUAAAGAUAGAGAUUCAAGUGCUACUCCAAGUAGUAGACAGGAAUUGGAAGAAAAACUGGACCGUAUAUUGAAAAAACCAAAGGUUAGAAGAACGAGGAGGGAUGAAGACGAUUUAGAACAGUACUUGGAUGAAAAAAUUCUAAGGCUUAAAGACGAAAUGAAUAUUGCAGCACAGUUGGACAUCGAUACUUUAAAUAAGAGAAUAGAAACUGGAGAUACUUCGCUGAUUGCCAUGCAGAAGGUCAAAUUGUUGCCGAAGGUGGUAAGCGUACUGUCAAAGGCAAACUUGGCAGACACCAUUUUGGAUAAUAACUUACUUCAAAGUGUCAGAAUAUGGUUGGAACCCUUACCUGAUGGGUCUCUGCCAUCUUUUGAGAUUCAAAAGUCACUCUUUGCAGCUUUAAACGAUCUACCAGUGAAAACUGAACACCUGAAGGAGAGUGGUUUGGGGAGAGUAGUUAUCUUUUAUACAAAGUCCAAGCGUGUCGAAGCUCAACUAGCUAGGUUGGCUGAAAAAUUAAUUGCGGAGUGGACAAGACCUAUUAUUGGUGCUUCAGAUAACUACAGAGAUAAGAGAAUAAUGCAAUUAGAGUUUGAUUCUGAAAAAUUGAGAAAGAAAUCCGUUAUGGAUUCUGCCAAAAAUAGGAAAAAGAAAUCUAAGUCUGGUGAAGAUCCUACCUCUCGUGGUUCUUCGGUACAAACCUUGUACGAACAAGCUGCUGCAAGGAGAAACAGGGCUGCCGCACCAGCACAAACCACUACUGAUUACAAGUAUGCUCCUGUGAGUAACCUUAGCGCAGUACCUACAAACGCAAGAGCAGUUGGUGUUGGUUCCACUUUAAACAAUAGUGAGAUGUACAAGAGGUUGACUUCAAGAUUAAACAAGAAGCAUAAAUAA